ACGCCUACAUAUAAACAGAGAAAUAUACAACUCUUCCGAGAAACAUAAUAUACCAGCUAAGAUGGAGGAUAUUUCGCACGAGGAGCGAGUCCUGAUCCUUGACACCUUCCGCAUUUUGGACAAGGACAACGAGGGCGCCAUAACUUCUAAAGAGAUGGCGGUGGUGAUUCGCGCCCUGGGUCGCCAGCCCAACGACGCCGAGGUUCAGUCCAUGAUCAAUGAGGUGGAUUCGGAGGGAAACGGAUCCAUCGUGGCUACGGAGUUCUGCAAUGUGAUUCUGCGCAAGAUGCGCGACACCAACCACGAGGACGAGCUGCGCGAAGCUUUCCGAAUUUUCGACAAGGAUAACAAUGGCUACAUCACCACCACCGAGCUAAAAAAUGUGUUUACGUCGCUGGGCGUGAAGCUUAGCGACGACGAGUUGGAAGAAAUAGUACGCGAGUACGACUUGGAUCAGGACAAUCAUAUAAAUUACGAAGAGUUCGUCAACAUGAUGACAAUGCGAUAGCCUCCAUGUGAGUACUAGCU